CUUUUAUUGUUCAAACUUCAAAGUACUUCAAAGCGAAUUAAUUCUUAUCUGAUUCCUAUAAGCUUAUUGGAGACUGGAAAGUUGAAAUCGUGAGAAAAAAGGUUUCUCUAUUUGUGUUCGCUCAUAAACAAUCGUUUAGAAUUAUUAUCUAAUUGCCGGUGACUAACGGUGCAUAUAAGAGACACAUUAAAAAUGGCAAAUUGGGCAGCUUUUGGUUCCAUUAUUCUUCCAAAUGUAGGAGGUUGGGCGAAUGGAAUCUUCUUUGCUGGACAAAUUCGUAAGGAAGAUAAAUCCUGGUAUGAUGAACUCAAGAAACCAUCUUGGAAUCCACCUAAAUGGGUGUUUGGACCCACGUGGACAGUACUUUACAGUGGAAUGGGAUAUGCUUCAUAUUUAGUUUAUGAAGAGUGUGGAGGUUUUACUGAGGAUGCAGUUUUGCCACUGACUUUAUAUGGAGGUCAACUUUUACUUAACUGGGCAUGGACACCCAUAUUCUUUGGUCUCAAGGACUUCAAAUUGGCAUUCAUAGAGAUUUCAGUCCUUGGUGGAGCCGCAGUAGCAACUACAGCCGCUUUUGCUAAAGUGAACAAGACCGCUGGUGCGCUAUUGGUACCCUACUUGGCCUGGCUGGCAUACGCCAGUACAUUGAGCUACUACAUUUGGAAGAAUAACCCUAAAGAGAUCAAGGAUGAGAAGGCCCAGUAGAUGUAAACUUGACGACACCCUAGCAAUUAUCAUCUAAGUGUUAACACAUAGUCUAAGAGUCAAUAUCACAAACAUUCUUCGUAAGGCAACAAAGCUGGACUGAUUUUACCUUAAUUUUGUAAGAGCACAUUAGUAUUAUGUUAGAAAAAGUACAUCAUUUUCAAAAAAAUAUACAAAGUGGAUAAAGCUGUAUAAUAAAUUUUCAAUAAUUCUUAUGUAAGAGAUGAAAACAAACAAAUCUGAAGCAAUAAUUACCUAAAAUAAUUUGAUAUAGAAUUAAAAUAAAUAUUGUUUAAUAUCUGCGCUGAAAAACCUAUUGGCUUGCAUACUUACAUACCAUACAGUAUAUAUUUAAUAAAUGCUUAUUUUGUCCACUCUGCAUAUAAUGUACUUAUUUUUCUGUAUUUUCACUAGUCUCAUCAAUCAAAGGUUGUUUAAUGUGAAAACUAAUAAAGUUCAAGCUGUAUAUUGUAAAAAAAAUAUUUUAACAAGUGAAGCUAUUUUAAAGUAAUGGACUUGUCUGUCUUCUUGGUUAUUUGAAAAUCAGUUGAAUUAAAUAUUAUAAUAAUAAAUAAAAAUAAAAACCCCUUUAGUAUUUAAGCAUAAAGUAUUGUUAUUCCACAAUUUUGCAUUUUUACGUAUUCCGCGUCUCUUAGACUAAGCUUUUUAUCUUGUUAAUUUUACGUUUUAUUUUCGAAUGUAUUUAUUCAUGUUAGUUAAUAAAUAUUAUGAUCAAGUCA